AUGCCUCGCAAAAGGCGACGAGCUGCGGAAGAUGAUGAUCAGUCCGCGAAUACAGUUGCGCGGAAGCGCCAGUAUACCGAAGAGGACUCUAAACUUGCAAAGAUCUAUGAGAACCUUGCAUCCGAAGCCGAGACAGGCAGAAUUGAAGCGGCAAAGGAACUCAUCUCCAGACUGGAUCCAGAAAACAAUCCAACGUCGGCGUCUGCCGAGAGAAUCCUCAGAAGACUAAUUCGGGGACUAUGCAGCGGACGUAAAGCAGCUCGUCUAGGAUAUGGCGUGGCCUUGGCAGAGGUCCUCCGCAAACUAUAUGGACCAAGAAGUCAGCCUAUACCAGAUUUCACAUUAACCGCUGAAGACCUCCUUUCUCUCAUCAUUGAAUGCACUAAGCCGGAAGCUAAAGCGGCUGGCCAGGAAAAGAGAGAUCACCUUUUAGGUCGUCUCUUUGCGUGGCAAGCUGUCCUCCGAUCUUCAAUCGCCGUGCAACCUUCGGCGCCUGAGGAAAAGUGGAUCAAUUUUCUAGAUUUGAUAGGCAAUCUUGCACUAUUCACGCCAUGGCUACGCGAGGAAUGUGGGAAAAUCUUGUACGAGUUCGCAGAGAGCCUUGACGCAGACGAGCAUGGGCAGACACGAGCUCGAGAUCUCAUGCAGGCUCUGAAAACCAAUAAGCUAGAGAAGACGCUUGAAGGUGUUGCUGUAUGGCUGUCUGUUCGAAACAAAUUCCCGGAUAGCGUGCUUCCGGAAGAUGUGUGGCACAAGAAAGAUCCUUUGUGCACGAAAGAACGGCGAACUCUCGCCAAAGUGAUGAAGGGAGACCUAAGCUCCGCGACAGAUCAUGACGGUGGCGAGAAAAAGCCUGUCAAAUCCGGAGCAUCACAGUCACAUCUGAAUUUUGCAUGGCUCAUAGUCAUCACUGCCGUCAUUCAGAAGUACUCGAAACAUAAAGGUGGGUCGUCCAGUACGGAUGUAUCAGAAUUCUGGAAGUUCUGGGACGUAGUCGUUGAUGACAACUUGUUUUCGAGCAGCGCCUCACAUGAACGCAAAUCAUGGGGGUUCCAGCUCUUCUCCAGGGUGUUGCUGACCGCUCCCGGUUGGGUCUUUCCUGCUACCUUCAGCCAGAACCUUAUAAGAUCCUUGAUCAAUCAAAUCAAUGACAAGGAGCGAUACCUUCACAGCGCUGCAGAAGGUUCGCUGAAGGCGAUGAAAUCCAGAGUUAGCAGGGAGCCUGAGCUCGCUGCCACGAUUAUCGCCGGCCUAUUCUCGGAGCAUGGGUCAAUCAAUUUCGACAAGAUUACAAAAACGAAGACAGUGGAGAACAUCAUGGGGCUAGCAGACGCUGAUGCAAUGAUCAAGCUGGUCCCUUCGCUGUGCGACCUGAUGGCGCGGCCCGGAACUCAAGACGAGCGCGAGGCCAACUCCCGCCGGCAGACACUCGCCGAUCUCCUUGUUACUGCUGUCAAGAGUCCUCGUGCGCCUGACGCCUUCAUGCCGAGUGGAGAAUCAUGGCGUGACAGAGUUGUCACACAGUUCGUCAUCCUAGCGUACUUCGUUCCUACCAACGUUGACAAUACCUCUCCCUCGCUGCCUGUAUCUGAUGCUACCCGCGCUGUUUUGAAAGUCCGGCUGAAGUCGUGCUUGAAACACAUCCUUGCAGGUCGACCCGAAGAUCCUUCGCCACUUCUUGUUGUCAAUAGUAUUCGGAAUCUAAGUCGAGAAAAGACAUACAAGGUUGCCGUUCAACACGAUGAGGAAACGCUGAAGGUCAUACAAGAAGCGUACGAAGCUCUAGGCUCAAUUUCGCAAAGGAUGACAGGUGCUGGUGGACCAGAGAGGUCCGCGCUUCAUGCCUUUAGUCUCUUGUACUCCUUCGCGAUGCUAGAGCUCUACAAUGGAGAACCGGACGCCGUCUCGAUACUUGAGGAACUGCAGCUUUGCUAUCAGUCAACGCUCGAAUCUAAGAAGGCUGUCGACACUUCGUUCGACUUGCUACUCGAGAUCUUGCUGAGUCUCGUAUCGAAGCCGCAAAGCGUCUUCCGCGCUAUUGCGGAGCAGGUGUUUGCAACAUUUGCAGCUCAGCUGACUCGUGAUGGACUUCAGUCGCUUGUGAACAUCUUGGAAAAGAGAGAAAACCUUGCGGGCCAGCAAGAGUUAUUCGACCAAGCCGGUUCUGACAUGGACGAUGACGAGGACGAAGAAGCGUCAGACGUGGAGAUAACAGAAGGCCAGCUUGAAAACGGAAACGAAGACGAGGGUGGAGGCAGCAGUACGGAAUCAUCCAACGGUUCUACAGCCAGCGAUGACGACUCGGACGAUGACUCGGAUGACGACCAAGACGAAGUAGCGGAAUUCGAGAAGAAGCUGGCGGAGACACUCAAGACGUCCAAAUUCCAAGCCGGAGACCAGGAGGAUGUCGACUCCGAUGAAGACGACGGAUCGGACAUGGAUGAUGAUCAGAUGUUUGCGAUUGAGCCAGCUCUCGCAAAAGUCAUGGCAGAAAGGAAAAAGCUAGCCGAUAAGAAGAAAGAGGGCAAAGGGGCAAAGGAGACCGUCGUCAAUUUCAAGAAUCGCGUUCUGGAUCUCUUGUCCAUCUUCGUCAAGCAGCAGCAUGCCAACCCUCUCGCCCUGGAAGUCAUUCUGCCGCUUUUACGCCUGAUCAGGACUACUCCUACCAAGCAGGUGGCGGACAAGGCGUCAGGUGUGCUGGGUGAGCUUAUAGAUUCUGCCAAGAAGAAAGGCCUUCCUAGCCCGCCCGACGAUGAUUUGGUUUGGACCUUGCUGAAAGAUGUCCAUACCGAGGUCUCAUCAAAGGAGGCGUCGAAAUUGCACCUGAAUGCCUGCAGUCGCGGCAGCAUCUUCGUCGCGAAGCUCCUCAUAGCGCAGAAGGACAGCAAUUUUGAUGCUAUCGUGGAUAUCUACGCAGAUACAGCGAAGAAGUGCCGCUCGAGGUCGAGAAUGGCCCAGGACUUCUUCGUGAAGUGGGACACCUGGUGGCCUGACACCAUGAAGCAGAAGUAG